GAGGGUAAAAAAUAAAAAACGGGUCAACUAUGUAAGCAGCCUCUCUCCCGAUCUAACUAAUCAUUUUUCCUCAGCCGCAAGUGCUUCUGCUCUCCGCCUUCAAUUCCACCCUAACUGCUUCGAGUGCUCUCUACUUACCCGUGCCUAAUUUUCUCCAACUGGGUUCUUCAGUCCGGAAGCACGCACUGCUCUUCUCUGUGCUGUGCUCUGCUGUUGCCUUUUGGCCUUUGGGGGAAGUUACAGCUUGCUAGUUGCCUCUGGUGGAUUUCAAUCUUUUUCUCUGCUUCUCCUUUCUAGUGGCUUCAAGGAUAAGCGAUUUGGAUCUUGGGCUUCUGGUUUUCUCACAACCGGAAUCCAGUUUAAUGGUAGUUUAUCUAUAAUACAAGACGGAGCCAAAAAAGAAUUACAAGAGACGAAUUUCUCAGCCCACGAGUGGAUGGAAAAAUGGUUUAUCACUCCAGCUUUGUUGUUGAUGAAGGGAUUGCCAAAGCUUGUGGAUGCCCUCUUCUUCCUCUAAAAAGUCAUAUAAAGGGACCUGCUCCAGCAUCAGAUACCACUGACAUUGUUGAUGAAGCAAUAUCAUUUUUCAGAGCUAAUGUCUUCUUCAAAAACUUUGACAUCAAAAGUUCAGCUGAUAAGCUUCUUAUCUAUUUGACAUUAUACAUAAAUGUGGCUUUAAAGAAGCUAGAGGGCUGCAGAACUUUGGCUGAAGGAACGAAGGCAAUUAUUAACCUGGGGUUGGAAAAGGUUCCUGUGCCUGGAGAGUCUGGCUUUCCCUUUCCAGGGUUAUUUACACUACCACAAUCUCAAAAAGAGGCAGAGCUGUUCAGAAAUUAUCUGAGGCAAAUUCGCGAGGAAACAAGUGGAAGACUAUUGAGUGUUGCAUACAGGCACAACGGGACUCCUAAUAAAUGGUGGUUGGCAUUUGCAAAGAGAAAGUUCAUGAAUAUUAGUAAUCCAUAAGGAAGUGGCCCCAGUAUUUUGAUGUUCCCGAGUGCAGCUCAAUUGUCUGCAUCCCCUGCCCAUGUCCUGUAAGCAUUGGACAACAACUUUGCAUAGAAAGACAAUGCAGAAUCUUUGUGUUUAUGUUAUUAUUUUUCAAUUUUGACAUUUCUGUCAGUACUGUUGAAUGAAGGGGGGAAAAAACUGUUGGAUGAAGAUAUCACCAAAAAAAACAAACAAAGUAUGUGUUUUCUUCUAGCUAGCUCCUUUUUUCCCAGCUUGGUGAUCUUUUUCAGUUUCAGCUUUUUUUUUUUUUCUUUUUUUUUCUGUUGUUUAUUAAUGUGGGAUUCUUCUGUAACUAGAUAUGGUUAAAGAGUUUACGUACUGCAGAACAAGGUCAUCAAAAAUUUGCAAGUUUCUUGGCUUUGUACGACAAUUAAUUUGUAAUUUGUGUAAAAAAAAUUGUAAUUUAUGUG